CAGCAUAAUAAUUUUACUAGACAGCUACUCACUUGAGGUCACACUCGGGCUCCGGAAAAUUCACAUAUAGUAGUAGCUAUACGCAGACGACUUUACUUGCAGUAAGAGCAAGUCUGCAAUGGACUUUUGUGCAAAUCCUGCGGCGAUGUUUGAAAGAUAAACUUGGACAAAGAAGAAAUAUAGUCUUCUACAUUUCGGACUUGUGCAGUUAAUGCUGUGAAACCUUGGUGCAGAUAUAUAUGUGUAUAUUAUUUACAUACACAUCUAUAUGCCUGAAAGAUAAUAAUUUCUGCAGGAAAAAAUCCGGAUUUUUUUCCAUGACUGGAUUUCCCAGUUCUUCACUACAGACAAUUGUUUGCUCCCGUUCUUUUCCCCAAGGAACAUAGCACAAUAUAUAUUUUCCUUGAAAAUCCUUGGUACAGUAUUUUGCUCAUAAUCUGGUCCAUAUGAGUAUGAACGUGCAAUGGACCAUUCCUGUUCCACGCAUUCGUACUGGGAGAUGCAGAUACAAGAGGCUUGACUCCGAAGAGCCGGUGUCCAAAUGCGCGAGACUGAGCGAGCCUGCGAGUGAUGCCGGUUUCAGUACUUCCCCGGGAUCCCCCGUAUACGCGACUCCGUUCUGCGGCUCUCCUACCCAUCAAGGUCCGUCCCGGAUCUGCCAAUACCUGCUGCUCCCUGUCGCUGAGAGGGGCGGAGUACACAGCGCACUAAACAUCUACACCGGAGAGGAGUAUGUGUGUAAGGUGUUCACAAUGGCCACUUACCAGGAGAAGAUCCGACCACACGGCGUUCUCUCAGUGCACAGCAACAUCUCCCAAAUCAGAGACAUCAUCCUGGGGGACCAGAAGGCGUAUGUGUUCUUGGAGAAGGACUACGGUGACCUGCACACAUUUGUCAAGAGCUGUAAGAGGCUGGGAGAGGAGCAGGCAUCCCGGCUCUUCUAUCAAGUGGUGCUAUCUGUGGCCCACUGCCACCGAAUGGGCAUCGUCCUAGGGGACCUCAAACUCAGAAAGUUUGUCUUUGGUGAUGAGAAGAGGACUCAUUUAAAGUUGGAGAGUUUGGAGGACUCCCACGUGCUAGAAGGGAACGAUGACUCCAUGACAGACAAACAUGGCUGCCCAGCCUACGUGAGCCCUGAGAUACUCAACAGCUCGGGCUCCUACUCUGGGAAGCAGGCAGAUGUUUGGAGCCUGGGCAUAAUGCUCUACACCCUGCUGGUGGGCCGUUACCCGUUCCACGACUCGGACCCCAGUGCCCUCUUCUCGAAGAUCCGCAAGGGCCAGUACUGCCUGCCCGACAGCCUCUCCCCCCCAGCCCGGUGCCUGCUCCGCAGCCUGCUGAGGAAGGAGCCGGCCGAGAGGCUCACAGCCGAGGAGAUCCUCAUCCACCCCUGGUUCCACACCACGCAGGAAACAGGAAGCGCGGAGCAGGAAGCGGGCUCCGCAGAUCAGACUGUGCCCGCAUUCAGCCUGGAAGAGGACGAGUCCCCCUUCUGUUGACAGGCUCGGUCUCGUGGGCCGAAAACAGCCACGUUCAAGUUUACGUUAGGCACAAUGUCUUGACCGUGUUGUCAGAGUACUGUAUCGUCUUGGUCUUAGGUACUGUAAGGAACUUAAUGCGCAACCGUGUUCUGAGAAGUACAUUCGUGUUAUGUGUAUUGGUCUCAUUUAGUGCAAGUAUACAAAUGUACUGUUCCCAGCUUGUGUUGAGGGACCCUGUUGCGAAUGUUUCAACACAAGCAAAGGGCAACAAACAGAGACAGUCACAGUGGCGACAAAGUCCAAUGUGAAUAAUCAGAGGCACAUGACAUACAGGACCGGGAGGAAAAACCUGCUUACGUGGGACCAUGAACAGCGUGUGAGUCACCAGCGGCUCCACGGCACCCCUUCUGACGUCAAGACAAAAUGCCAGCGAGAAAGAAUAAGCGUUAUGCGCCAGAAGAUGUCCUGCACCAGGGCCAAAGUUGGGUGAACCGCUGUCAAAGUUGUCAGAAAGUAGACAGUUUUGCUAAGCAGCAGUGUCUUCUGUUGCCAUGGCUUCUGACUUUUGAUACUUCAAGCUGUGUAGCUUUGCAAGAACCCGUUCAGACUGCGGAAGCAGAGGUCAGGCAGAGAACCGGAGUAUUCAGAGAGGGAGAGAAGGUUGUCAGUAUCAACACUGGCAACUUCUCUAUAAAAACAUUUCCCCCAGUCUGUGUGUACAUUACAAUGAGCAAUAUUGUGCCUUUAUCACUGUUGUUCACAAACCUGGUCAGGCCGUGUCUGACCCAAUACUCCAGAAGGCUAAAAUAAGCUAAAACUUUAGUAGAAAAUGCAGGUUGUUCUGUGAGGAUUUCUUUUGUAGUUCAUCAAUGUUUCACCACACACAUACUACGCUGUGAAAGCCAACCAUACUGUGGUGUAAAGGAUACAAAGAUCUUUUUUCAGUCCACCUGUUUAGCAGACAGUGUUGGUAUUGCCCGGAGCAUCGGUAAUCUGUCUGUAAACACGGCUCUUGUCAGGUCAUCACUCACAGAGAGGCUUGCGGUUGCACACACUGCCUGUGCCACAUUGGCAGCUGUGACAGAGGUGUGCAUGCCGUUGUCAGGGCACCUUUAGUUGUGUAAAGAGUUGUGUUUGUGAUGAAGCCUCUGUGAGAAGGGACCCAUCAUAAAGCAAGCAAAGGUAAACAAAGUGUAAAGAUGUACAGUAUGUUCGUGGACAAAUUGAAUAAAAAUAACUUUUAGUAUAA